AUGACGGCUGAGGGUGCCCAUGGUGAGACCUGUCGCGGCGGAUAUGUCCCGCAUGGUCGACCUCUGGUCGGCAGGCACAGCACGCACAAGCUCCUGGACCCCGGUCUUCGACUCUCCGAAGAAGAGCGCGGGGCCAUCCUCGCCUUCCACAAGGCAGAAUGGUCCAUUCGUCGCAUUGCCAAAUAG